AUACUUCAUUUUCCUCUGAAACUUCCUAUUUAUAAUAAGGUCAAAAAAAUAAAAAUAAAAACACUCUCUUCAUUUUCUUCUUAGUUCCCAAUUUUAUAAAAAAAAAUAAAAAUGAGAGAUUUUGCUUCUUGUUUUAGUGAAAAUGCAAUACAAACUACUUCUUGUUCUAAUUAUUAUUCAAAAACUUCUUGUUUUCCUCAAAAUUCAUCAACUACCCUUUCAACACAAAACAAUGUUACAUGUUUGUACAAUGUUAUUUUAUCCAAUAAAAAACAUUUGUUGAUCAUAGUUUCAUGGUCCAAAACAAAUGUGUCACAAACUUUGUACAUACAAUUUGGUGAUAAUCCUUCAAAUUCCUUCAAAAUUAGCGCGAUUUCGAAGAAGAAAAAGGGGAAGAAAUCAAUCGAGUUUGAUUCUGAUGAUGAUGAUCGUAGAAAAAUUGAAGUUUUCUGGGAUUUAUGUGAUGCUAGGUACAACAACAACAACAACAACAUGUUUGGUGUAGAACCAAUUGAUAAGUACUAUGUUGUUGUUACAUUUGAUUCUCAAAUUGUACUAAGUCUUGGUGAUGAUAUUGAAGAAAAGAUAUUCAAGAAUUGUUGUACUUCAAUUGCAAAAUUUAGUUUAGUGUCAAGACAAGAACAUUUAGUAGGCAACACAAUUUAUUCAACAAGGGCACAAUUUUGUGAGAAUGGAUCAAAACAUGAUAUUUUGAUAAGUUGUAAGGGUGAAAAUGAAGGAAAAAACAUUGAUUAUCAACAACAACAGCAUAAUUAUCCUGUUUUAUCAAUUUGUAUUGAUAAAAAGAUGGUGAUUAGAGUGAAGAGAUUACAAUGGAAUUUUAGGGGAAAUCAAAGUAUUUUUUUGGAUGGUUUGUUUGUGGAUGUUAUGUGGGAUGUUCAUGAUUGGUUCUUUAAUUCAACAAACUCUGGUUGUGCUGUUUUUAUGUUUAGGACAAGAAGUGGAUUGGAUAGUAGAUUGUGGUUAGAAGAUAGAGACAAGUUGAUGCACAAGAAUCAAGAUAAAGUUGAGUUCUCAUUCAUGAUCUAUGCAAGUAAGACCACAUGAUUUCUUCUGGUUUUUUCGUUUAUCUGGUGUUCGAUACUUGUUUUGCGUUGCGUUCCUGAUAUCUGAGAAACACUUUUUACAAAAAUUUGAGAGUUUCUAGUUAUGGAUGAAGAAAUUUUAUUCAUCGAACAAUAAUUCUGAAUAGUAUAAGAGCAUAUAAUUGAAAGGUGAUUAAUUUCUUCUCUUUUA